GUUAGGGGGCUGUUUCUCAUUUCUGUUAAAAAGCAUUUCUGUUGUUAUUCCGCUUAACCUAAAAAUACGAAUUGUGAUUUUUACGGCUUGUUAAUAAUUUAAAUAACUAUUACUAUUCAGUUAUGUUGAAUAACUAUUUUACAGAGUAUGAGAACUUGGAGAUCCACGAGCUCAUGCUUAAGGAUCGACCCCGACAAGAGGCGUAUUACAAUGCUAUUGUAAAAAAUAAGGAAUUGUUUAAGGACAAAGUUGUACUCGAUGUCGGCGCUGGAACGGGAAUUCUCUCCGCAUUUUGUGCACAGGCCGGCGCCCGUUUAGUCUAUGCCGUGGAGGCGUCCAAUUUGGCCACCAGAGUAGCUCUGGAUUUGAUUGAAGAGAACGGUCUCACUGAAACAGUCAAGGUAAUCCACUCGCAAAUCGAAGAAUUCGUUCUGCCGGCAACAGCUGACAAAGUCGACAUUAUAGUGUCGGAGUGGAUGGGAUUCUAUUUACUGCAUGAGGGUAUGUUGGACUCGGUUCUUUAUGCUCGCGAUCAUUUCCUCAAGCCGGAUGGACAAUUGUUUCCCAGUGAGUGCACAAUUUUUGUUGCUCCUUGUGCGGUGCCAUCGCUUUUUGAUGAUUGGAAAAACGUUGACGGCGUAAAAAUGGAGCAAUUUGCAAAAAAACUGCGAUUACAGAAAUCAACGCGUCCCGAAAUUAUCCAUUUGAAACCAAACGAUUUGCUCCACGAGGGCAUUGUCUUCCACUGGAUGAACCUACUUGAUGUGGAUUCGAAAGAUUUGGAUGAGAUACGUUUCAAGGAAGUGGUCUCGACGCAAUUUGCCGGUAAACACCAAGGCUUUUGCAUAUGGUUCGACGUUCGCUUUCCUGGCGAAGAAGCUAUUACUCUGAGCACAUCUCCACUUGCGCCAGAAUCCCAUUGGAAACAAUGCGUUGUUGUACUUCCCGAAGAGAAUUGCGAACAUUUGGAAGAGAAUUCUCCCGUUGCCUUUACCAUCCUAAUGAAACGUAAUCCAAAUGACGCUCGAAAGUAUAAUUUAGAAGUGGAAUUGCUUGAUCCCAAUGUAGAGGAACAUCCGGUGCCUUGCUCAUGUCACAUGACCAAAUGUAUACUGACCAAAGCUCACCUUAAAAUGAUGGAUACUUCAUAGUCAUAGUCGUAGUCAUAAGAAAUGAAUUAAACAACACAUACAAUUUA